AUGUCCUCCCACUCCCUCGCCGCCCUCCGCAAAUCCGCCGGCGAUGAAUUCGCCAACCUCGCCGACCACCACUUCCACUCCGACCUGCGCGCCGAGGACCGCGACCGCCUGCGCACCGCUGCCCAGCGCCUGAGCACCCAUGCCAUGAUUGGCAGCAUCGCCGGCGUGGGGCUGGGGCUGUUGCUGGCGUCGAGGGCAAGGGGGGCGCGCAGGAGGAUGUUUACGGCGUUUCGGACGGCGGAGAAACCGACGCAUGUGACAUAUGAGGGGGGACGGACUGAACCCCUCCCCGACCUCAUCACCGCCCUCCGCCCCUCCCCCCUCGGCGACCUCUUCGCCCUCUUCUUCUUCUCCGCCGGCGGCCUCUUCCUCGGCGGCGAGACCGGCCUGCUCACUGGCUCCUACGCCGCCCACCGCACCAUCGCGUCCGACCCGGAGUGCUUGAAGCGCAUCGAGACGGCGUUCCGCGCGUUCCGGGCGGAUGUGCUGCGGAAGGAGGCGGAUAUGAUGGAUGGGGGGGAGGGAAGGGGGGGGAAGGAGGAGAAGGGGGUGUUGGAGAGGAUUUUUUAG